AUGACCCGCCAUUGGCCCUGGGAGGUGAGCCUCCGGAUGGAAAAUGAGCACGUGUGUGGAGGGGCCCUCACUGACCCCAGCUGGGUGGUGACUGCGGCCCACUGCAUCCAAGGCACCAAAGAGUACUCAGUGGUGCUUGGCACCUCCAAGCUGCAGCCCAUGAACUUCAGCAGGGCCCUCCGGGUCCCUGUGAGGGACAUCAUUAUGCACUCCAAGUACUGGGGCCGGACCUUCAUCAUGGGUGACGUUGCCCUUGUCCACCUUCAAACACCUGUCAUCUUCAGUGAGUACGUGCAGCCCAUCUGCCUCCCGGAGCCCAAUUUCAACCUGAAGGUUGGGACGCAGUGUUGGGUGACUGGCUGGAGCCAGGUUAAGCAGCGCUUUUCAGUCAACUCCACGCUGACCCCAGAGCUGCAGGAGGCUGAAGUGUUUAUCAUGGACAACAAGAGGUGUGACCGGCAUUACCAUAAGAAGUCCUUCUUCCCCCCAUUUGUCCCCCUUGUCCUGGGGGACAUGAUUUGUGCCACCAAUUAUGGAGAAAACUUGUGCUAUGGGGAUUCUGGAGGGCCAUUGGCUUGUGACGUUGAGGGCAGAUGGAUUCUGGCUGGGGUGUUGUCCUGGGAAAAGGCCUGCGCGAAGGCACAGAAUCCAGGCGUGUACACCCGCGUCACCAAAUACACCAAAUGGAUCAAGAAGCAAAUGAGCAAUGGAGCCUUCUCAGGUCCCUGCGCCUCUGCCUGCCUCCCGUGA